AUUGUCAUAAUGGUGGCUGGGAUUCUGGCCAGAGUGGACAGGAAGCAAUCAAGCGAGCAAGCAAGGAAGGAAGUAAGGAGGUCAGCGGCAGCAGAAGUGCCAGAAGGAAGAGUCAUGCACGGCAGCGCUGGAAUACCAACCUGUACACCUCCUCCGGUG